CCGGCGCAGGCGGACGGAUGUCUCGGUUCUGGGUCACCUGACCGUGAAGUCGGCUAGUCAUGGCGUCUUGCUUGUUAGCUGGCGAGCGAUUUGUACGCGCUCUGGGUCCUGGUGGGGAGCUGGAGCCAGAGCAACUACCCGGGAAGUUGCGGGCAGAGCUUGAGGCCGCACUAGGGAAGAAGCACAAGGGCGGCAAUCGCCCGGCUCGCCUGGUUUCUUUCCGCCUGAUCCGGGAUCUGCAUCAGUACUUGAGAGAAAGGGGUUCCAAACUAUACCUUCAUGAGCUCCUAGAAGGCAGUGAAAUCUAUCUCCCAGAGGUGGUGAAGCCUCCUCGGAACCCAGAGCUAGUUGCUCGUCUGGAAAAGAUUAAGAUACAGCUGGCCAAUGAGGAAUAUAAGCGGAUCACCCGCAAUGUCACCUGUCAGGAUCCAAGGCAUGGCGGAACUCUCAGUGACCUGGGAAAGCAAGUGAGGUCAGUGAAGGCUCUGGUCAUCACCAUCUUCAACUUCAUUGUCACGGUGGCGGCUGCCUUUGUCUGCACUUACCUUGGAAGCCAGUAUAUCUUCACAGAAAUGACCUCGCGGGUACUGGCUGCCUUGAUCGUGGCCUCUGUGGUGGGUCUGGCCGAGCUCUACGUCAUGGUGCGGGCAAUGGAAGGCGAGUUGGGAGAACUGUAACUGUGCUUCCUCAUUGAAGUCCGGAGACUCCAGGACUGCCAGUUGCUGAUCCUCAGUCAGUGAUUUGUACUCAGCCGAGUCAAGGCCACCUGCUCUUCCUGCGGGACAGUCCCGUCCUGUCCGUUAACAGAGAGGGCAGCAGAGGAGACUCAGACAACAGGAAAGAACUGAUCUGUCCGUACAUCUUCCCGAAGCCAGUGCCCAUCUGCCUUCUACUGUCCGUUCUGGGCAUUGCUGGGGCUGGGGUUUUUUCCCACUGGAAUCAAAGAGAAUCCAGGCCUUUCCAGAAGUAGACCAUACUGCCUUGAACUUUCCCAGGUGCACAAGUCAGUCGUCAUCCUUGCUCCACAUAUGUUGAUGCAGACCUGUAAUUUAUAUCAGAAGACUCCAGAACAGCAGAGGGAUUUGCUUUCUCCAGUUUGUGCUGGAAGGAGAACUGAUCAGAGGACAUCAAAUAAAAGAAAGCCAGUUGAUGCAGGAUGGUGCAAUUGUACGCAAGGCAACUUUUUGGAAUCUUAGUUUCUGCCUUCAUUUUCUUCCUUCUGCUGGCCUUGUUCAGAUUUUCUAUGUUUCUGCCUGUCUUCACUACUCAUCAGCCCUCCUUCAACUUCCCACCUUCUGGUCACCCUUUGCUCUGCUUCCAAAAAUGAAAACAAUGCAGAUAGUAAAGCAGUAUGUCUACUUUUAAUUGCAAAACCCCUUGUACUUCUUUGUAUUUGUAAGGGGAGUAUGCCUACUGUGAAUUGUCUCAGCUAAUGAUUCUUUGUAGACUGGUGACUGUUUUCAGAUUGAACUAUAUGUGUAAUUUAUAUGAGUAUACACAAAGCAAAAAUACAUGGUAUGUGUACAUAUUGUUAUAUAUAAGCCUGUUAUAGGUUAUUUUAUGCGGAUUCUUAAACAUGUUUGGGUAAGUGCAAAAAAUAGUAUGUAAAAUUAUUUUACAUGAUUGCUUUCGGUCUUCAGAACCAUUCCAGAGGUUAGGAAAGGAAGCAGUUGUAGGCCCGUUUUCCAGAAGACAAGACCGAAACUGAGAGAGGUAAAAUGACCCUCAGCGGUCCUUUUUCUGUUAAAUGGAGCCAAAGACUCCUAGGUUAUCUUGAAGUCUGUGUAAUGUUAAACCUAUAAGAACUUAGAUUAGUGGUGUGUUGGUGGAAUCUGUGUAAGUCUUUUAGAAAUUAUAGUGGCAUUAUUAUUUAUCCAAUAAAUAUCAAAUCCAGCAUA